CUGUCAGACUGAAAUGAGAAGUCUGUACUGAAGGAGUGAAGGAUCAGUCUAUAUUUCCUCUGAGACGCUGAAGACUGCUGAAUGGUUAAGCAGGAGCAGCUCUGAGAUGUUCUUCAUGCUCUUAUUCCUCAUUGGGAUCCUGCUUGGUCAAGUUCAGGGUUGGUCUGAACCGCGGAUCAGACUGAGCUCUGGUGCUCUAGCCGGCACAGAUGUGAUCCUGGAAUCCGGAUCUCCUCUUCAGCUGGUCUGUGAGGGCGACGGUCCAGUGACGUUUCUUCCCCGUCUGGCCAAACACAAGCGCUACAUUUCCAAAGAAGUGGGGAAAAUACGCAGUUUCCGCGUGGAAAAGACAACGGUGGACUUCACAGGAACAUACAAGUGCGUCUAUAUGAAUGGAAAUGAUUCAAACUUGUCGUCUUCGGUUCAUGUGUUUGUCCGGGACUCUCGAGUUCUCUUUGUUUCUCCGAGUACGUCUCUGCGAUAUGUGCGGAAAGAAGGUGAAGAUCUGUUGCUCCCGUGUCUUCUGACCGACCCGGAGGCCACAGACUUCACAUUUCGCAUGGACAACGGUUCAGCAGCGCCCUACGGCAUGAACAUCACCUACGACCCCAGAAAAGGUGUCCUGAUCCGCAACGUUCAUCCUGGAUUUAACGCAGACUACAUUUGCUGCGCUAGAAUCGGAGGUGCAGAGAAAGUGUCAAAGAUAUUCUCGAUAAACAUCAUUCAAAGGUUACGUUUUCCACCGUAUGUGUACCUGAAGAGGAACGAGUAUGUAAAACUGGUUGGGGAGAGACUUCAGAUCAGCUGUACGACAAAUAAUCCAAACUUUUACUACAACGUCACAUGGACACACUCCUCAAGAAUGCUGCCCAAAGCAGAGGAGAAAUCAACAAUGGAGGGCGACCGUUUAGCCAUCGAGAGCAUCCUGACCAUCCCGUCUGUUCAGCUGUCGCACACUGGGAACAUCACCUGUACGGGUCAGAACGAAGCUGGGGCUAACAGCUCCACCACACAUCUGCUGGUCGUAGAGGAGCCGUACAUUCGACUGUCGCCAAAGCUCUCUUCUAAACUCACACACCGCGGUCUGUCCAUCGAGGUGAGCGAAGGAGACGAUGUGGAUCUCGGGGUUUUGAUCGAAGCGUAUCCUCCUCUGACUUCACACAAGUGGGAGACGCCCACAUCCCAUAAUGCCUCACUUCCAGAGAACAGGUUUUUCAACCAUAACGACAGGUACGAGGCGCUGCUGUUACUCAAGAGACUGAACUUCGAGGAGAUCGGCCAAUACACGCUUAAUGUCAAGAACAGCAUGAAAAGUGCCUCCAUCACUUUUGAUAUUAAAAUGUACACGAAGCCUGUUGCGAGGGUGAAAUGGGAAAACGUCACCACUCUGUCCUGUCGAUCUUAUGGAUAUCCGGCUCCCAGCAUCCUCUGGUACCAAUGCACAGGAAUCAGAACCACCUGUCCCGAAAACACCACAGAUCUGCAGCCGAUCCAGACGCAGACAGUGGAGUUCCAGAAGGAAAGUUUCGGGGCUGUCGGUGUGGAAAGCGUCCUGACCGUGGGCCCCAACCGCAGGAUGACCGUCGUCUGUGUGGCCUUUAACCUGGUCGGUCAAGGCAGUGACACCUUCUCCAUGGAGGUCUCUGAUCAAAUCUUCACCAGUGCCAUGUGCGGCUCGACGGUGGCGAUGGUGGUGCUCGGGCUGCUGCUUAUCUUCAUGAUCUACAAGUAUAAACAGAAGCCCAGAUAUGAGAUCCGCUGGAAAAUCAUCGAAGCCACAAAUGGAAACAACUACACCUUCAUCGACCCCACACAGCUGCCGUACAACGAGAAAUGGGAGUUUCCUCGAGACAAACUCAAACUCGGGAAGACUCUUGGUGCUGGUGCGUUUGGGAAGGUGGUGGAGGCCACAGCUUACGGUCUGGGCAAAGAGGACAACAUCACACGAGUGGCUGUGAAAAUGCUCAAAGCCAGUGCUCAUCCUGAUGAACGUGAGGCUCUGAUGUCUGAGCUGAAAAUCCUCAGUCACCUCGGCCAGCAUAAGAACAUCGUCAACCUGCUGGGUGCCUGCACACAUGGAGGGCCUGUGCUGGUCAUCACGGAGUACUGUUGUCAUGGCGACCUGCUGAACUUCCUGCGCAGCAAAGCGGAAAACUUCCUGAACUUCGUCAUGACCAUACCCAACUUUCCAGAACCCAUGACGGAUUAUAAGAACGUCAGCACCGAGCGAAUGUUUGUCAGGAGUGACAGUGGGAUUUCCAGCACAUGCUCUGAUCACUAUCUGGACAUGAGACCAGUCACAUCCAGACCAACAAACUCAGCUCUGGAUUCUUCGUCGGAGUGUCAGGAGGACUCGUGGCCGCUGGACAUGGAUGAUUUACUCAGAUUCUCCUCUCAGGUGGCGCAGGGACUGGACUUCCUCGCUGCUAAAAAUUGCAUCCACCGAGACGUGGCGGCCAGAAACGUUCUGCUCACCAACAGCCGAGUGGCCAAAAUCUGUGACUUCGGACUGGCUCGAGACAUCAUGAACGACUCCAACUACGUAGUCAAAGGAAACGCUCGUCUCCCAGUGAAGUGGAUGGCUCCAGAGAGCAUUUUCGAGUGUGUUUAUACGGUUCAGAGUGACGUCUGGUCUUACGGGAUCAUGCUGUGGGAGAUUUUCUCACUGGGAAAGAGUCCGUAUCCAAACAUCCUGGUGGACUCAAAGUUUUACAAAAUGAUCAAGUGUGGCUAUCAGAUGUCCAGACCUGACUUCGCUCCUCCAGAGAUGUACACGAUCAUGAAGAUGUGCUGGAACCUGGACGCCGCUGAGAGACCCACAUUCAGCAAGAUCAGCCAGAUGAUCCAGAGGAUGCUGGGAGAAACAUCCGAGCAACAGGACACUCAGGAGUACAAGAACAUCCCGACUGAAGCUGAAGCCGAGCAGCAGCUGGAGUCAUGUGACCCCGUGAAGCAUGAAGACGAGUCAUUCGAGACAUCAUGUGACCAGGAAGAAGAGGACCAGCCGCUCAUGAAGCCCAACAACUACCAGUUCUGUUGAGCGUCUAGAACUAAUCAACCAAGUAACUAACAGCACAACAGCUGCAGACACACACGUAAAGCCAGCAUUCGUUCUGUCUGUCCUCGUAUACACUCACUGGGUGAUUUCACAUGCUGGUUCUGGGUGAUUUAUAUCUCGUAAACAGUCCUGAAGAAGUCUUUUCAACUCUAGUAUUCCUUGUUUUCCAGUACAAAUAUCUAAAUGUUCUCAAAUCAAGAGAUAUUUACUGUAAUGAGUCAAAUCAAUUCAUGAAAUCUUAUUUUAAUAAGAAGUAUUUUAACAUUUUACACAAGAAGUCUUGUGUUUUUUAAUUCAAUGUAUUUUCUGACACCAUCGGCUUGAAUUUUCCAGAUUAAUUAAGGUAACACUUUCAUUUAAGAACCAAUUCCCAGUAUUAACUACGGCCUUAUUACCAGCUUAUUAAUGAAAUAUUGGCUGUUUAUUAGUACUUAUAAAGUAUGAUCUUAUUGUACAUCUGUAAUCCUGCCCAGUCUAAACCCAACUUUAAUCAUUAUUAACUGGCAGCAAAUAAGGAGUUUAUUGAGCUAAGUCUGAAUAG